GUGAAAUUUUUGUAAGGAAUACUAUAAUUAUAUUAUUUGGUAUUACCCUAUUCAUCAGGUUAUUGACUCAUCAAAGAAUGCGGAAGAAUGGCAGUUGGAACCUCGUAUUUGACUAUAGUGUUUUAUGCAAACUGAUAAAUGAUAAUUACUAGUCUACCAGAACGCAUCUAAAAACUUAUCACUAAUAUGAACUCGGAAUCGAGAUACAGACAAAUUGUCAUCAAAUGAAACUAUAUGAAUAUCCACUUGCUCCUGACGUACUUGUGAAAAUAUCUCUAUGAUCACUUUGUGUAUAUGUCAAUGCGAUUUUCCAAGAAUGGAUUCAUGGUGCAAGUAAGGCAAUGUAUAUUGACCACUGCUAUAUUAAAUCUUCAGUCUGAAAAACAGCCGCAUGUUUAUGCGUGUCGAGUUUAUAUGAAGGCUGAGGAGAUUUUAUCAUUGUCGUGGUUCAAGCAGGGUUGGCAAAAGACGGUAUUUGGUGUCCGUCCACUGCUGAACGGAAGAAGCUAAAGUUAUGUAGUGAUCCGUUAUUCUUCCGGUCAGUGCUUGCAUAGAACUGAAACUGCCAGAAGCCACAAGUUAUAUUGUCCUUCACAUAAAUAUUAUCAAAACACAUAGGAGAUUCUCUGGUGUUGCGUGCUGUCAAUCGAUUCGUAGUAAAACCGAAAUAUUGUCGCAGUCGUGUGGAACUGUGGUUUUUUCUUUGUAUUUUGUUCAUGUAGGUCAUUCCCUUCACUUCACUUCAAACGUCACAUCCGGUACGAGGUACAAGUAAUAAGAUCCUGUGAACAUUGUUCCAGAUGAGUAUCAUAUUAGCAGGAAAGCUCUUUAAUAAUGCCAUAAGCCUAGUGAACAUAACUCAUGACCUAUUUAGUAAGUCAGUCAGUUUAAUACCAUCUGGAGAACCGCAUCCUGAUAUAGCGUCGUCAAAUUGUUUGGCUGAAAGGAUUGGAAUCAGAACUGCGCGCAGACGUUGUCAGUGGGAAUAUCAAGACGUCUGAAGGUUUUAUUGAACAAACACUCAGGAUGUUCAAUUUGUUUGUUGAGAUUCUUACAACUAUCUCUCUCUUGGCUUGUAAGUACAGCACUUUAAAUUGACCUCGCAUGUAUCUCCGAUUUUUCUUUUUGUGUAAAUCGUGAAAUAAGUUCACACAGUACUGAUUUAUAUGAUUGCGCUCAAAGCGGACUCUAUUUGCUGAGGUUUGCAAAUAUGGCGUAUAUAUCGCUAUGAUCCACAGGGGCCAGAUUAGCGCGUUAUCUGUCGACAAUCAACAUCAAUGCAGGAAGGUAGUUAUUUGUCCUUCUUAUCAGUAUAUCUAGCCUUUUAACUAAACUAAGCGAGAAUAAGCACUGGCCAAAGGUGACUUAAAUCGAACAUAAGUUACUAUAUACGGUACACCUUUACCGUGAAAUUGGCAGGAAGGUGAUAAUGAUUUUACAGUAUGCAUUGCGCCUACUCGGAAUUUUAAAUAAGAGAUUCGUUCGACAACGCUGGCAAUCUGCUCUUUCCAAAGUGCACUCAGAUGCCAUCUUUCCUGCCAAUAUCACUGGCAGACUACUCAAGAUAGAUUAGGCUAGAGCGGUAAUUUUAUGAUCAGACGUCGAAUAUUUUAACCUUAGCCUAGGGGAAACAAUGAGUGGAAUUCAUGCUGUCAUGUCAUGAAAUCAAUCAGUUGAGGGCAACGGAACUAUACUAACAACACUGAUAUUCACUUAAAAGCAUGCCAAGUUACAACAAUAGGGAAAUAUAAUUUCAGCUGGAGAGCCAUUAGGCCAAUAAUUUCGGUUGUUUUGGUCCGCACACAUGGAGUAACACUUUCCUUUUUGAGCCGGAGAGAUUAAUAGGCGAAAUACAAAACACAUAAACAUGAUAUCGUGAUAAAAACACCAAACCUAAAAACAAUAUUUAUAAAAUGAACGUUUCGCAUUUUUUGUUUGACAGACUCCCGCGGUUCAUAAAACAUUAACUUCGUUGUUCAAUUAAAGAAUGAGCAAGGCGUCUCUAGUAAUUACCGCCACUGUAUUACUAAUUCUUCAAUUGUACUUCCUUCGUGUCUCUUCGUUUCUUAUAAAAGAAACCGAUCUCAUUGAUGCCUUUUGCUUUCAAGUUAAAAGGACCGCUUUCAUUUGAGAGGGUAUAGAGAUUUUAUUUCUCCCCUCGCUUUUAUCUGUUUAUCACAUCGGCAAGUUUUUCUUCGAAAGUUCUUUGUUGCUUUUCAUGCCUGAUUUCUUCAAUGUUCUUGAAUACUUUGGUCGGAAAAUCUUGAUUGUUCUAUUCUAGAAAUAGUUUGUUUAUUCAUAUGGGAAAAAGGGGCAAAUUUUGUAUGGGUUCAUGUGCCAACUGAUUUCUGUUAGACUCACCUUAAUGCGUGAGUCACAACCAACUCUUUAAAGUUUCGGAGGUGUUCAGUUUAAGUUAUACGUGCAUGGCAAUCUCGAUGGCAAUGAUGCAGACGCAAUAAUGUUUGUUCGAAAUCUUCUAAAUUGUUUGCGGAUGCUUGCACAUGAAUCGGGACCGACAAAAUGGACUUUGAAGAGUUCUUUUGUGGACAAUUUUAGUCCGAAUUUUAGUUUAAGUUAUAAAGUUGACAAUUAUGUAUGUCAUUUUGUCAUUUUAUUGACAAGUACUGGAUUACAAGAUGUAUAUAUAAUGUUUGUUGAAGAUAGGGUUUAGUUGUUUGCGGAGGUCUUCACAUGCUUCUGCAUGUGAGUUCUGGCACAUUCUGUCAAUUUCUGUGCACGAGUCAGAUUCUCUCUCUUUAAAGAGUUUUUUUUGUGAAGGUUGAAGUUAUACAAUUUGCAGAGUAAUGGUUAUAAAUAUCAUAUGCGCUGGAUCAUGAAGUCCAUGAAGUAAUGUUUAUUCGAAAUAUUCCGAACUUGUUUGCGCGCGGAGGUUUUCGCAUGCCUCUGUCACAUUCUGUCUAAAAUCGCUGUUGACAGCUUUUUCGACACCCGACUAAUUAGACGACUUCGGUCGCCAACGAGCUGUGAACUAAGCAUCCUGUGCCCUUUUCUAUAUUCUAAUCCCUUAACACCUCUUCACUGCUGUGGUUUAUAUAAAUCUUAGAGCGGUUUUAGAACGCACUAAGUCACUAACUAAUGCGCUUUUUGCGUAAAACAACCAGUUAUUACUUAUAAGUUUUAUCAAAUCCAUAACUUCUUGUUCACUCUCAAGUAUGUGUGAACUUGUCCAUGGCAACUUGCUGUUUAGUUUUCAUUGUAGAUCGUGCGAAAAGUUUCACAUUGUACGCAAAUACGCCAAAAAUCAAUUAUCCAAUUUUUAUCUGUGCGAUCAUAUUCCUAAUUAAUAUUUGCUCAAUCAUCUGUCUGACAAGCAUGCGAUGAGUGAAUGGGGUGGCCUGUUCAAGCAUGCUGAAGCGAGCUGGUCUCCUUUGCCAAAAGGAUAUCUGAUUAGUUCAGUGUAAAUAUUGCUGUCUAUGAUUUGUUUAUCCGCAAUAUUCGACAAUGAUGCGUGCUUGCGAUAAAAUUUGUUUUUAACCAUUCUUGAGUUCGCAAAAUCGGUACCGUGGCACAAACGUUACGUAAGGUCCGUUAAGGCCUGAUUCCACGGGCGCUUUUUCUCGGCGAAAUGCGAAUUAUUUCGCCUGUUUCUUUUGAAUUGCGACCACUCGAAUAAAUUAUUUCUACUUGAUUGCUCACAAUUCAAAAGAAACAUGCGAAAUAUUUCGCAUUUCGCCGAGAAAAAGCGCCCGUGGAAUCAGGCCUUUAAGGCCUGAUUCCACGAGCGCUUUUUGUCAGCGAAAUGCGAAAUAUUUCGCCGACAAAAAGCGCUCGUGGAAUUAGGCCUUAAGAGGUAGCGUCAGACGUGCUCCUGCCGCAGCUGUGUAGGGCAAUGUUUCUUGCAUGAGUAUAUACUUCAUAUAACUGUAUAUGUACCAUCUUAACUAAGAUAGGUAUUGGAAUUUCACUUCUGCAUUAGGAUUCAAAAAAGUAGAAAAUUUUGUAUCUGUUUGAUCGAUUAGUAUUUGUUUAUAUUCCCGAAGCUUAUAUCUUUGCAAACACUAUUUAUUAUAAGUUAUAUUUUUUUAAUUUCAUGAUGAACCACAAAGAGGUGCAACGAUAAUCGAUAUACAAUAGAUAGUCUCUUUCACAACCGUUAAAUAGCAUGAGUUGUGUAUUCCAAGGUCAUGUAGAUGUGAGAAAUAGUAAGAAUUUAGUACAUAUAUUCUCGUACUAUAGCGGUUUGUUGACGUCCGCAAUAUAUGUAUUCAUAAUAAAUCUUAGUGAAGAGGAACGAUAGUAUGCACUGCAGUUGUUAUCCCUCGUACAGUCAUCAUAGGUAUUUAUAGGUUGCUGAAGUUUAUGACGUAUAGGCUAGGUAUUCUAGUCAGUGCAAAAUCAGGUGUAUCCUGCUUCAUGUGUUAUUCGAGUGUGCGCAACUACACGUUUCAUGCAUGUGUGCGGAUCAGCAUUGCUCUGCGCCUUAUUAAUGUCAAUAGCAUAAUUUUCAGCGCGAUUUUGCCUAAAAUCGUGUCAUGUUAUAUCGCUUUCACUACUGUAUAUUUAAGAAAUACAGCACUACUCAACAGGCAAGAUGCCUGACAAGGCAGUGAACGUAUUAAACCUAUUGUCUAAGAACAUUGAUAUGACUGAAAGAAAAUUAGUAACGCUCGGUGGUCACGUCUAAACAUGUGAUGGGAACACUUUUCGGUAUAUACUCGAGCUUGGGUAAUAGCUUGUAAGCAACUUGAAUUUUCAUUCGAUCUCCCAACAUACUAAUGUUUACCCUUUUUCUAGUCUACUGAGACUGGUUAUUUAUAUUAAAAACAUCUUACAGACAUCAACAUGCAGUAAAUAUUAAGCUUACUGUAUUGAAAUUGUUUAUUUAGCACCUUUGAUUCGGUUUAAGCUUUUUAAAAACCCUCUUAACGAAUGCCUCGCACUCUUGUGGGUCAUCUGUCACUUGGUGUGCUGCUGAACCUUUUCCAAUUUGUGACAGUACACUCAAAGUAUUAUUUAUUGACCGUGAUUAAACGUAUAUUAAUGUUCAUUUAACUAUGCUAGCCUUGGUUCGCCGUAAUUUCUUUUAAUUGUUAUUGUGUAUACACAUAUUUUUUCGUUUUUGUUUGUCUACGACUUAUUUCGUGUCAUUGGAUGUGUGAUUGUUUUGAUUACAAAACAUUGUCUGUGAUUAAUCCAAUAUCUGGUCAUGCUUCGUUUAUUUCGUUUGUGCUUUACACAAAGAAAGCUUUUCAGCAUUCAUUAGGAUUAGAAACCGCCUGAAAUAUCAAUCUCACAUUUGGCGCCAACUGAUUUAGUGUAUAAUUGUGGUUUCAGUAUCCUUAAUAUAUUGGCUCUGAUGUCUUAGCGUGUUUCAUUGAAACUGAUGACACCGCCGGACUUUUCCUCACCACUAUAUUGGCAUGGCAGUUGUGUUGUCAAUGCCAUAAUUAUAUAGGGCAAUGAGAAGCCACCCAUUCCAUACAAAAGUCGAGUUAAUUUAUACUUAUUAAGUCGUUAAGAUUUUUAAGAGGACUGUUUUUAAACUGCAUGGGGUUGAAUUUGAACUUUCUUGAAAUUGCAUAGUGGGGUGAACUUGAAUCGGUUUAGUUGAGCAGGAGAAGGAUAUAGUUUACUAAAAUAUGUAAAGCAAAGUAAAAUUGUUUUCUGAUAAAUGAUAAUGUACAUGGUAUUGUAUUGUCUUGUAUUGUACUAUAAUUAAGCUUCGGUAUUGUAUUGUACUUAAGAAAAUUUCGACGUUUGGAACGAAGGCCUUCGUUGGGAAGCUAGCAGGGAAGCUAGUAGCCAACGGUAGUCGAAGACCGUUAGGUAACGAUAACCUAUCAAUCCGAAGCUUUGUUUGGGGCACAAACCGUUCAAUAUUGCACAGUACUGUCUUUGUUCAAAACUCAUGUAAACUGUCUACACUAGUCUAAAUACGACAGUGAAUAACAUUAACAUUGUCCAUGCAAUCCCAUAUAGUGCUCGGUAAUUCUUCAUGCACAUGCAAUGAAAUUAAUACACAGCCAAGUGAAAACUCGGAAAGUGCUUCAGUUCUGAUUUCUAAACAAGCUACUUUAUUAUAUUAUGUUGUUAAAAGUGAACACAAGCGAAGAAUGCCAAAGUUUAGUUACAUUACUAAAUAUUCAAUAUUUUCUAAGGGGAGCAUUCUCCCGACCACCUCCCCCCACCCCCCCUACCCCCAAGUAAAUAUAGCCCCUGUCGUCCCAUUGUGCUGAUAUAUUCUAUCAGAUCUUUGGACCCUUACCCUUCUUCGCUACGUCCCUGAUUACAUGCAAAGUCCACACUGUAAAAAAGUGAUAUUCUGACCGCUUUCUGAAUAAACGAUUUCCUGAUAUUUGUUUUAAUCAUCUUGCCUUUGUAUUAACGUCUCAUGGGAUUGUUUGAAACCCACAUAUAAUUACCUUGAAGUUUGUAGUCAAUGCAUCAUUAAAUUAAUGUACGAUGUAUAUAUACGGUGAAGAUUUGGAGACAGACCUAUUGCCAUUGGUUAGUUCCCCAAUAUAUAGUUUUAAGACGAUGACAUUUUUGCCAUGUCAGAGGUGAACUUUAUAUCAAUAAUACCAUAAUAUUAUGCUCCAAAGUAUUGAAUGUUUGUGGCACUGCAGUGGUUACUAGUUAGUGCUUGCCAGACUGUCUGAUUGUCAGUAAUUUCACUUCAGUUAUUUUUUGAGAAGUGUGCAUUAUGUGCGUCCUGUUUGGAUCUACAAAUCGUGACCACAGGUUUUCUCCGGGGGUAAUUCCAUUUUUGCCUGUAGUAAUCCCUAACUAAGAACAUGUUACAUUUGAUAGAGUUAUCCUGUAAAAAUUGGUUUAGUUUAGUUUUGAGUCGUAAAUUAAAGAAAUAACAUUGGAAAGUUCAACCAAUGCCAGUGAUGACGUAAUUGCAUAGCAAGGUGAAAAGGUAGCAACCAGAUAUCACUGCACCGCCACCACGGCACCAGUGUUUAUAUGCCUGCAAAUAUUUGUACAAUUGUUAACUAAUGAAGUUCUGUUUGUAAUUUUCUCAGCGAACAUUAAGUGAUCAAAUAUUAGAUUGUGAGGUUAAUGUAUCUGUCUCAGUCGUGCAAUAUAUGGUUCCUUAAUUGUAUAAACAGGAUGUCUACAUUUCUUAUGUAAAUUGAAACACAAUAAGUUUAAGUUUGUUUUUGGUACCACCUUGUGAUCCUGUAUCAUGUUAAAAGCUAGAAACUUUUGUACUUAGAUCUUAUUUCAGGAAGAUAUUCAAAACACAUCGUAGAGUAAUCAAGCACGUUCUUCUUGAUAAAGUAAUUUAGCCUAAAUAUCCUAUGCAAACAGUGACUAUAUAUACUAUAGUGUAGGUUGAAAUUUGUUUUGAAUACCACCCUGUACUUUGAAAGCUAAAAUUUCUAUCUAAAUUGAAACAUUUAGUCACCAGCUAAAGCUAGAAAUAUUUGUACUUAGUCGCAGAUUUAAUCAAAACACGUCGUAAAGUAAUCAAUUACAGUCCUUUUAAAGUUUUAAAGUAGUAAUCUAUCAUUUCGACUCGAAACAGUCAGCAUGCAUGCAGUAUAAGUUUAACCAACUUGUUUUGGGUACCACCCUCUAUUAUUGUCAAAAGCUAUAUGAAUUUCUUUGGAUCCAACCUAUUUCACGACGUUAUCCAAAACACAUCGUAAAGUAAUCAACGGUCUUCCUGUUAAAGUUAAAUUAAUCUAACAUUUCUAUCUAAAUUGAAACAGUAAGCUGAGCUUGUUUUGGGUACCACCCUACAUCAUUGUCAAAGCUAUGUGAAUUUCUAUAGAUCCUAUUUCACAAGUUAUUCAAAACACAUCCUAGAGUAAUCAAUAGUCAUCCUGCUAAAAUUAUAACAGUCUAAAAUAAAUUACUUUCCGACAGGCGUUCCUCUGUUGAUGAUAUUUUUGAUAACUCCAGAAUACGUUUUUUACAUUAGACUUGAUAAGAGGCAAAGUGCAGCAACCUUAAUCAGAGAUAGGGUUGGGUAAGAUAGCUUUGAUAGAUUUAUAGUCAUGAGUAGAACCAUAUAUACAGUGACUUCCUGUUAUUUAAAUCUUGAUUAUACAGUAUAUAUUCCACUUUUGUUCUUACUCAGUUCCCGUAUCAAUUAGGCUAUAUUGGUCAUUGUUUUUUUAUUAAAGACGGGUUGGGUAAGAUCGUUCUGACUAUUUAGUCAUGAAUAGAACCAUACAGUGACUUCCUGUAUGGAACUUGGUUACAUAUUCCACGUUCUUUUCUGCUCACUUUCGCGUUAUCAAUUAUAUUGAUCAUUGUUUGAUCGAGUAGAACUAUACAGUGACUUCCUGUUAUUUAAAUAUAUGGAUAUGGAAUACAUUCCACUUUCUUUCCUACUCAGUUCCGCGUAAUCAAUUAUAUUGAGCAUUGUUUUUUAUAUUAAAGACGGGUUGGGUAUAUAAGACAGUUUUGACUAUUUUUAACAAUGAGCAAAAGCAAAGUUCUUGCCGCAAUCAUCAAAACCGCCUGCCAUAGACAGACGAUAAAACAAACUAUCUGGAAUACUAUCUGGAAAGUUUGUAUUCCAGAUUCAUCAGAAGAAAAAAAAUUUAAAGUAAAAACACCAUAUGGGCCUAUAUUUUGACAAUGAGUACAUAUACCAUACAAAUAUACAGAAUAUUGUUUCUGCAAGACGCUAUACUUAAUGAUUGGGGUAAAAAAUGACUUUCAAUCUAAUUCUUGGGCUCUUUGGGGUUGGAUAAAGAAAAAUGUCACACUGUUUUCGGUUUGUUUGGGGGCGAACUCCAGUGCGUGCAUGAUUGCAAUUUCAGAGGGUGAUAACUGAACUUCUGAACAUCAAUCGUUGAGAUAAUGAGUUGGAUACGUCAAUCGUUCAAAUUAUGGUGGGUGGCGUCCUGUAAAUAAUUAUAUCAGGUGCAGGGGCGUCGGCACGUGCCCCCUGUGCCCCCAAUUUUUUCAAAGGAUCAAAAGUGCCCUUUUUUGUGAUGAAAAGUGCCCUUUUUCUACAAGCUAAUGUCGCUGUAAAUACUAAAUUAACAUCAAAGGUGGCCUUUUUGUUUGGAAAUUUCAAUGCUUUUAAAAAAAUCUGGUUCAAAACGUGCAAUUUCGGUAUAGUACAACGAGAAAAUGUUUCUUCUUUCCCGCCCCCCCCCCCCUUUCGCCAACAGUUCCGGGGAAAAUUUUUAGGUGCCCUUUUCAAUGUCCAAAAGUGCCCCUGGAAGCCGGUGCCUCUCCAAUCUUUCGAUGCUUCCUACGCCCCUGAUCAGAUGAAAGGAUUAAAGGUGUGGCAAGGGAUUAGGCCUUUCCAAGACAAAAAUAACCAUUGAUAACCAUCUCAUAAUUACACUCACCUUGUUUUCUGUCAGUAAUCACUGAUCAUGGUAUCAUCAAGCACAACACGAAAAAUUCACAGUGGAAAGAUUACUUCAGCCUAUAUGCAUGGGUCCCUAUACUAAAGAAUUGGCACAAAAAGACGAAAUCAUAUCUUUUUUAUUUUAUUAACAUUCCACCAAAAUGAGUUUUGAUUUUAUUGAACGUUGACGCCCAGAAAAAAUAUACAAAAGAACCGUGUAUGUGCGACGUGCAUACUGUGAGUAUACUGCACAUAUAAGGGCAUAACUGGAUUGUUUCACUUGAUGUAUAAAUGAUGAGCCAUGAAGCAAUGUACUUUGGUGUUCGCCCCUUAAUUAAGUCCUAUUGGCCCUAUAAAUAGUUGUCAAACGAAACCAGGUUGGAGAAAACUGCAAAUUAAUAAUUGUCCGUACGCAAAUUUUAAGCUGAAGUCCAAGCAUUCGUUCAAAAAAAUCCAGAGUCCGGGCAAGAGGACCACCAUCAGUCAUAUCUAUUCCACAGAUAAUAAAAUUUAGCUAUAGUUGGGUGUUUUGCCCUUGGACUGUAGAAAGGUUCCGUUGACACUUGGUCUUGGAGCUCGCCUGUAGGUCGAAUUGUCUUGGAAAGCUAUUCACACUGGUAUUAAACUGGUAUUCUAAAAUUAUUGUUAAGUGUUUAUAGACAUAAAUACAGCCAGUCCGUAUAUAGUUGUAGACAGACCUGUCUAUGGUGACAACUGGUUUGACAUUUUUAACCGGCAUGGUUUGAACAUUUCGAUUAGCUUUCGGAAAAUCGAGAAUUUUCUAUCAUAGCCCAAUUCAGAAUUCAUUGCUCAUGUAGACUCAGUUUUAGCGCAAUCGAUAUAUAAUCUACUGCAUGAAUAAGAUAAGUGUACAUAUUUGAAAUAAAUGCUGGUAUAUUGCUGAAAAAACCCAUUCUAGCGGGUGAUAGUAAGUAUUGCAUUGUCUUUCAAUUUAUGUUUAAUAAACUUAGCAUUAAUUCUCCAUAAUUAUACAUUAUGUUACACUGUAUACUCAUGAAUAAAAUAAGACAAACGAUUUUAUUUUUAAAAUUUUAUUUCAUUUUUUUAAUUAUUAUAAAAAACUAUUUUAAAACUAUUAAUCAUUUUUGAGUUGCAUUCCUGCAAAAUACUUAUUGCCCAUAUAUUACGUAAGAAAAAGGCUCCAGAAUAGAUUGCAGUGUAUUAGUACACACCAGCGUCACUGCGCAGUGUAUGUGGAAUUUUCGCUUAUGCACUAAAGGUUAGCUCAGACGAUUCACAUGAAUAACAUUGUAUGGUUUAUAUUUUUAGAUUUUUUUGGUCAACAGUCGCUUCUUCUCUCAUGCAUGCCUGUUCUAUUCUUCCACUUCAAAUUCUUUACUGCCAUAUUGGGGUAAAAAAUCGCAAAAUAUAACCGAAAGGUCCCACAUAAGGUCUCAAUUGACCACCUGAGAUAAAGGCGUGUUUCCAUAAAUUUAAGUACCUGUGCCAAUGUCGAAUUAACAUACAGAGCGCAUUUUCAACUUGUGCAUUUCUAAUUGAAAAAUGAUAACUUGUCACACAAUAUCAUUACCAGAGGCUUGAGAGCGCAUGACAGCCACUUAAUUGUUCAGUAAGACAAACAAAGGAAACACCCCACAUAAUUUUUCUUUUAUUGACUAUAGAGUAUAAUGAAACAGAAAAUUAUUUCGAAAAUAGAGAACACCACUUCGCUAUCAUCAAAUAGAAAUUUUUAAAAUAACUUUAUAAUAUGACAUAUUUGGCACAUGUCCAGCUAACGAGUAAAGGGACUUCAAUAUGUCUGUAAUUCCACUUAUUGCAAUCGUGCGAUUUACUGGAAGUGUUGACAACUGUCUGACAUAUUAAACAUUGUUUAGCCCUUUUCACAACAUCGUUAAAUAUUCUCAUGGUGAGGUCCCUCCGUUUUUUUCACUUGGCCUUUGACUUUGUUCUUUAUACCAUGUGCUAGGUUUAUCAUAUCAAUUAACAUUGGAUUCUUUUCAAUUAGUACGUGAACAAGCCAACCCUGUACUACGUCUAUAUUCGUGGUUUUUGACUUGAUAUUACGGCGGACCUAAAUAACAGAACCUCGUCAUCUUUCAUUCAAUUUGCUCGCGGUCAUUGCAUCAACAUGGCCUCGAACAUGGCUGCCAUUCUAGUGCUUUUUCACUGAAUUGUCAUGAUACAGUUGAUUGAUUGCAAAGCCACUAUUUUUUUAUAAGAAUACUUAUACGUCGAAUUCUCUGUCAGUGGUUUUCAUGUCCGCUCUUGAUGGUGAGAAAAUAAUAAAAAGUAUCCACAAAAUAUAUUGAGUCUGAUAAACAUUGGAACUUUGAAGUUGUCCAUCAGCAUGAUGCUUGUGACUUCACACGAAAACUAGAAUAAGAUCAGUAAGCUUUGUCGGUCCUAUUCAUGUAUAAGUGUUUUCAAAAAUAUAGCACUUGCAACUAUAUUAUACUUUAUUUGGUAAAAUGAAUACAAUUUUCCAUGGAUCACGAUUUUUGGAAGGGAACUUUCUUUCAGGAAAGCAAGAAAAAAAUAGCACAAAUUUAUAUGCACAGUACGCUCAUGAGUAGAACCAUACAGUAACUUCCUUGUUAUUUAAAAAUUUGGGUAUGGAAUUCUGACUAUCUAUUCCACUUUCUGCGUUAUAUGAACUUCAUUACGUAUUAUACCUCAGGAGUAUGGAGUAUGGUGGAUCUCCCACAUCCGAUAAAGUUGAAAAUUAUAUACUAUAUUAUACGAGUUUUGCUUUGAAGUAAUAGUGUUGACCACAGUAUAUAAACAGUUUGCAAACAAAUACGUGUAUAAUGCAUUUGGUCAUGUAGUCAUAUUAAUCACGAUUUCGUCUUUGUCUUUGACUUUUGCAUAAUUGACCAUAAUUGCUGAUGUCAACUAUAUCACUCAACGGGUAUUAUGGAUUAAGCGAAAUGAAUUAUUCAUUAUUCCAACAGGCGUGUGAAAAAACCAACAUAUAUUGGGUAGAGAAGUACCUAUCGGCAAAAUAACCGACAGUUCCCAUAUCAGUAUAGCUAUAGACAUUCCGACAAAGACAAACGGUUCAAGAACUUUUGUAUACGUAAAAAGCACUAUAACUAAUUAAUUGAAAGAACAGAUUAACAAUUUAGCAAACAGUAGCAAUUUAGCAACGAGUGAUACAUUUUCAAUGUGUUGAAUACUUGCUGUUCAGUAAUGCUGUUUUAAAUGAACCCCAUUGCCAAUGACAGAUUUAAUAGUUUUGGCGUAUGGAAAUCUCCAUGUAUGGGGUUGUUUGGGCCAAACUAAUGAAUAUAACGCAUGUACACACUUGCACAUUACUAGGUUAUGGAAUUUUCAUCAGUGAGAAAGUCAUAUUAAACACAUACCUGAAAUUGUAUUGAAUGGCAAUGAAGUCAUAGUUGUGAAGAAAUCAAAAACAGGGGCCGGUAGUGGCCACUAGUGGGGUGAUACACGUAUGAAACGGUAUUUGAUUCAACCUAUUUAAACUUAUUAUAUAUUUUUAGGUUUUGCUUCAGUUCGAAGUGCAAACUCAGGCAAUUCGAAGUAAGUUUGAUUAUACAUACUUUAAUGUAUAUUAUUCAUCUCCACGUAGCCUGUGUGUCAGGACCUAACCUCCAUAGCAUUUUCGUCCGCAGAGUAAUUUUACUAGUUGAAAAUCAGGCACGCGGUCGAGAGGCCCUGGGGACGAGGAUCCCUCGGCAUUAUUUCUCUUGCCUCCAGGCCCCAACCUAUUUGAUCAACCUAGGUUAAGAUUGACGUUUCCGGCAGACCGCAAACGGCAAACUUCAAGUCGUAUCUUGAGGUCAACUGUUCGCUGUUAGCUGAAUUGAAGCAUGAAUGAAAACUUUAUAUAGUCUGCGCGCAGGCUAUCGGAAGCGGGGUGCUGAAAGCAAUUCAGAUUUAUUCUUGAGCCCCAUAUUGAUUUACUUCCGACGGCCUUGAAACGUCAAUUAUAUAACCUCUCUAAUGUCCUAUGAGGCGAACUACUAAAUAAUUCAAGAUAUGGCCGGCAAAAUAUUGAUUUAUUGGUAAAAAAAUAAUAAAAAUUUAGUAUAAAGAGGUUAAAGCUCUAAAUUAUUUUAUUUAGAUGAAAAUGAUUCGAAAGCAAUUAUUGUAUCAUACCGCUUAAGCUGAUAUUAUCAUAUUAGCCAGUUCGUCCUGAUAUACGAGACCUUGUUGGUCAACCGACAUUUCUCUUGUAAACCAGAUACAACCACUUAAUGGAGUGGGUUCUUAUGAAGCCAGACAGUGCGUCUAUAUAUUGUAUGAUUUAUCCUUAGGCAAAAACGGAAAGUAAAUCUUAAUGAUAUUCAGCUUGUAAAUCCUCCCUGUCUUAUAAUUAUAUAAUGUAACGUUGUUAACAAAAAGCCCUCAACAUGGUUAUUUCUACAGUGUGUGGAGUAAAAAUAUAUAAAUUUACUCUACACCUGGCCUAUAAAUUUCACGUUAGCCUACUUUAUUGAAACUAAUUAUUGUCUUUUUCUUCAUUUCUGUAGGAGCGGUAAAGGUAAGAUUAUACACUUUAUUUUUUAAUAAAAAGAACUUUCAUAUUAAAAAUGUGUACUUUAGUGCUAUAUUUAAUUAAACAUUUUUCAAUUCCUAAAUACAAACUUUAAAAUAAGCUCAGUUGUUUUUCGCACACGGCUUACCCCGAUCCUUUGGGAAUUGUGCGCAGAAAAGGUUUUCCCAUAAUUUCAAGGCAGGACAGUGCAAUGCACUUGCCAUUGGGACAACCUAAUGUUAUGUAAUUGGCAUAAAUGACCAAUUUGGUUGCUUGCUUUAUAAGCAGCGAAUAGAAUAUCUUUGAAAAUAACGAAUCCAUGCUCCUCUUUUUGAUUUUAAUUUAAUUUGUUCAAAUCAAUAUUAAUUAAUCAUGAUAAUUUUUGGGUGCAUGGGUCUUAAAUUGCCGCCGUUUCUGCUGCUGUUGUCGUUGUCGUUGUUGUAGCUACGUAAUUGUGUUCUCAUAAAUUAUUUUUGAUUUAGUGUAAUAAUGAUAUCGUAAAUUUAUAUGUUGUCAUUUUGUCACUGAAAAGCCCUGGAAAAGCCCUGUCAAGGGAGUGUGAAUAAAGUCAAGUCAAGUUUUCUUCAUGUCUUGAAUUUCUGUAUUUUCCUAAUUAUCUUUUCUUUUUUUAAUUAAAGGAUGUAGUACAGUCUUGACUGCUCCAAGUGGCAAUAUCUUAUCCCCCAAUUAUGGUCCGCGCCAAACAUACCCCGGAAACCUCGCAUGCACAUGGACGAUCAAAGCUCCGGUGGGAAAGAAAAUCAAAUUGUCUUUCAAAGAUUUUGUCGUGGAAAAAAGUCCCAGUUGUCGAGCCGAUUACUUAUUAUUGUACGACGGUGAGAAUGACAGGGCGCGGUUGGUUGGACGAUAUUGCUCUGCAAGGCCCGCGCCCUUUACUUCAUCUUCCAAUUAUAUUCACAUGGGAUUUUAUUCGGAUGUUUCAUUGGGCUAUAGAGGUUUUUUCGCAACUUACAACAUUUCAUUUCCAACAACAGGUACUUAAUAUUUCACAUAUUGGGCAAGCUGCAACCAUACUCAUGUGCAACUGAUAACCAAUCAAAUUAAUUGUUUACGAAGUUUGUUGAAAGAUGCAACUAGUACUAGUGUGCUAGUGUGUUGAUACAACUUGCUACAAGGGGAAUAUUUUAAUUGCUUUAACAUUGUUUUUCAAUCAAUUGUUAGAGAAACCAACCACUUGGAAAAGCCGUCCAAAAUUUAAAAGCACUGUUUUAAACGUGACUGCUAUUGCUGGUGACCUAGUGAUAUUGCAAUGUGAAGUGGAUGGCACGCCUGAACCUGUGAUUACCUGGAGAAAAGAUUCACGAAGCCUAUCAUCAGAUAAGAAUGUUAUUAUUACAAAACGUCCUUUCAAGGCAUUGCUGACUAUAACGAAAGUCAACAAAUCUGACCAAGGGAGGUACAGCUGCAAAGCUUCCAACGGUUUUGGGCCACCAAUUGAAGCACAUGGAUCACUUGUUAUUGAGGACAGAAGUAAGUACUGCAGCCAGUGUCUUCAUGUUGACAUCACCGAGCUUUCUCGUUGAGAAUGGGAUGGUGGUUUAUUUUUGCAUUGUUUAAAAUUUGAAUGAAAUUUCAAGCCUCAGGCCAAUCUCGUUCCCCGAGCCUGCGAUCCUCGGGAAGGAAUCGAAGGCUCUAGGAUAAUCCGUUACCGGAAGCCAAGAAUCCUGGCUAAGAUUGAACAACGCAUUCCAUUUCAAUGACCAAUCAGAUUCCUCCCUGAAACGGAUUAUCCCAGAGCCUCGCGUUCCUCCCCGUGGAUCGCAGGCUCGGGGAACGAGAUUGGCCUCAGGCAAACUAUGAAACAUUGGCACAUUGCGAUAAAUGCUUGAGUGUUAAUUUCCCCGUGCGAAUACAUUCUCCAAUUUUGAUUGCCUACUUUUGGGAAACAUGCUCCAUAACACUGUCUUUUAAGCCUGAUUUCCACUAGGCGGAAUUUUGCGCGCGGAGCGGAAUUUUUCUUUGUUUAGUGAUUUUCUCAGGUGGAACUAAUUAGAAAAGACAAAAAAAAUUUCCGCUGCGCGCGCAAAAUUCCGCUUAGUGGAAAUCAGGCUUUAGUCGGUGACAUAGCCAGACGGCGUGGGGCAUUUUUACUCUUGGAAAAAUUUUGACCAGUUUGCUACAAAGCAUGUACAUUAUAUUUCCAUUUUAUUUGUAAUGCAUGUCACUUUUAUAUCUUGCUAUGUUUUAAAUGUUUGGGAUUCUUGAUUUCUGCUUCUAAAUCACCAAAGUGCUAAACGUCAUUGUUUUUAGUUAGCUUAUAGGGCCAUAGAAGUUCAGAGAUAGAAGUUCAGAGAUAGAAGUUCUUCCAAAAACAGGUGCAAUUUUCAUUAAUACAAAUUUGAUUUUGUUUUAUAGAAAUUCCUCUCAUUACAAAGAUGACAAAAAACCAAACAGUAUCUGUUGGUGAAAAAAUUAAAUUACAUUGCGAAGCAGAAGGACUGGCUCCAAUGACAAUUUCGUAAGUAACAUAUUGUGAACCUGGGAAGGGAAAGGAGCGGAACAACAUAAUGAAGAAAAUAGAAAGAAAUAAGUAGAAAUGUAUGCGAAAUAGAAGAACAAAGGAGUGAAUCAAAUUCCCAAUUAGGGUGUUAUAAACGCUAGAAUGUAACUAUGAAGAAAUAAGUGAAUGGGGGAGAAAGGUCUGAAAGGAUUAUAAUUUUAGAGAAAGAAAAUAACAGUCCGGUUUUUCUCCUGUUGUUAUUAAUAAGAAAAAUGUCCCAGUUUUUGUGGCAUCAAGUAACAAAAUAUUCCCUUAAGUCCACCUCUUAUUUUACCAGAGGACAGCAUAUGCUAAUGAUUGAAUUGCAAUUUUAUUCCGACUCAGAAUGACUAGAAUGCAUAAUUCAUACGCGCAUUGGUCAUACAUUUUCUUUACGUUUUAAUGCUUAUAAAUACACAGGUUUCGAGAGAAAAAUAAAGAGCUCAAGAGAAGAAAUUGUGAUCAGAAUGUUGGAUGCCAAAUAAAACAUACUAAAAUGUUCGUAGAAGAUACAGUGAUCACAUGUAAAGUAUUGAAUACCGCUGGUGAUACAACAAGAGAUAUUUACAUAAACGUUAAAGGUAAGUCAACAAAGGAGUUGUAAUUUACAUAAACGAUCGAUGUGAAAUACUUAAAAUAAAGUUGGGGACAUUUCCUGCAUUAUAGCAAUGUCGAUUCCGAAACUCUAACUAAAAACACUUAUUGGCAAUUUUUGGCGUAAAAUAGCAGAAACCUACCGGUAUUUCGUCUUCCAGAAAGGUCAAGGCUGAGAACGUAGAAGUUAUAAAAAAGUAUAAUUAAAUUUGGCAGUCUAAUUUUAGGGAUCCAGCGGGAGCAUGCAUGCUCCCUCAGAAAAUAUUAAAUUUUAGAAUAACAUUUACUGAUGUUUAGGUUGAAUUUGUUUUUGCUUCGAAAUUUGUAAUUUCAUAUGACUGUAUACUGGGUCACGUUUUGGCCAUGGGUUUCUCAAUUCAACAUUUCCCUAAAAUCUCCAAAACUCAAUUUACAUUUAAAACUAGCCAUUUUUGAAAAUGGGAGGCCUUAGAGACCCUAUACUAGGAUCAGUGUUCUUUGACCUUCUAAAAAUACUACAUGCAUUGCUAACUUUCGUUUUAAUCGAAACCUUGUGGGCCAAACAUUCACGUGAAAUCUUUCGCAUAUUUUUCAAAUGUCAAUAAUUUUGAUUUCUAGGGCCACCAGUUAUUAUACGGGCACCUAAAAACCAGACAGUACAACGAGGUGAUGUGGUGAAUUUCACAUGUGUAGCUGUUGGCAAAGACCUAAUAUUCAGGUAAUUUUUACUUUUCAGGGUACAGAACCAAAUUUAUUGAAAAACCUUUGGUAUAUUUUGGCUUUCACAAUCGGUGUGUCGAGGGCCGUUGCUAAGGGGGAGGGAGGGGGUGCUGGAGGUGUGACACCCCCUGAACACUAAUUGUCGGAAAAUGAAGAAUUUGUCAGCAAACGAAAAAUAUUCGAUAAAUGGACGAUUAGUUAAAGGGGAACUUUUAAUACAAAUAAUUUGUUGCAAUGUCCAAAAAAUUUCCGUCAAAUUAUGCAUAUUGUCGUUUUUUGGCAAGUAAAGAAAAUGCCAUCAAAUGAUAAUUUGAUAUGAAAGAUAUUGUCGGUUGGCAUUGGCAAACGAAGUAUUUCAGAAGAAUAGUUAUAACGAGGCACUUUAAAUGGCAUGGUAAAAAUCAUGAUUAACAGGCAAAAUAUUUUUUAUCCUCGUCGACAAACCACAACAGUGAUUUUCGUCGGUGUUUCUCUGCAUGCGGUUACUUAAAAAAUUAAAACAAGUAUGCAGUUGAGUUUCUAAUUUACAUCAUAUUAAUGAUAAAGUAAUGAUUGCCAAAUUGAAUGGCAAAUAAAAUGUUGAUAUUGCCUAGUUAACACAGGAACAUGUUAUUCCUUUGAAAUAAAGCAUAUUUAUAUAUAUAUUCAAAGUCUAUUGUCGUUCGUCAUUGAUCAAAACGUGUCGGAUAAUUCUCAGUAUCCUGAAGCCGUCCCGUUAUUUCAGCUGCUGACGCCAUAUUGCACGCUGUGGUUACCAAGCCCCGGCGCGGGUCCAUUGUUUCCUAAAAGGCGCGCAAAAAUUCCAGUUGCUUUCUUUCUAGCUUUUGAAUAUAUAAUAAAACUGUAUUAAAACGAUUAUUGGAUUCGGUUUUCGUAUGAUAUCGAGAAUUAUCAAGGACUCGGUUUGUGUUAUCCACCUCAGCUUUCGACUUCGGAGGAUAACACAAACCUUGACCUUGAUAAUUCUCGAUAUCAUACUCAACCUCAUUCAAUAAUUGUUUAUUGUCCAACACGAUUUUUGUCAGAAGUAAAGUUAUAUCCAAUUCUAAAAUUACAUCUAAUUGAAUAGUCAAUUUGGGAUGACCACACCCAAGAGUCGAGAGACCACACCCUUUUGUUGUGGUCAAACCUGCUUAAUCCUCUUGGCGACGGUCCUGUAUGUGCAUGCAAACAUAUUUAUAUUAAAUAUUGAUUUAUUUAUUUAUUUCUGCAGUUAUAGUUAGUAAAAGACAAGCAACUAUUUAUUUCUGUAUUGUUUGCUUAUUUAUUUAUUUCUACAAUCAGUCAAGUAACAUUUAGUUUUGCACACAUAAGGUGGUUAAAAGACAACAUACACAUUCCUGAUGGUGUUGUUACAAGAGAAGGACGCUCCGUACUCAAACUUUCUGUAAAGCAGAAUGCAACUUUGACAUGUAGUGUGGAAGGACAGGAUGGCAAAACAUCAAAAAAUGCUACAGUAUCAAUUAUUCAGAGUAAGUUAAAUGUACACCAUCUGUAAUGGUUUGAUUACUUGGGGUAAAACAUACCCUGCGAGCAGAGCCCGAGUUCCCUCGAGAAAGGAGAGGUGAAUAAGGCUCUGCCGUUUUUGGUGUUGGAUUUGUGUACGAGUAUGUAGCUAUAACUGCAUGGGAAUGGUUCUCUAAAUAGCACGCAUUCUAAACAUAUAAGUAAAUUUUAUUUUGACAUGUUUUGACAUGGAAACAGAGCAAGCUCAACAAAAAUCAAACGCAAAAACGGCAGAGCAAGCCUUAUUCUCGGUAUAAAUCAGGCUGUGCUCGGAGGGCAGGUAAAACAUGGCACAGUUGUUAAUACUAACAACUAACAAGUAACAAUUUGUGCAAAAUGCUUUAACCUCUGUGACCGCCCAAAUUAAUGGUUGUAUGGUGAGUAAUUAACACUUUUCGUCCUCUUUUUUCCAGAAAAGAAUGAGCGAAUGAAAAGAAUCAACCUAAAGUUCUCUGAACUUCCAGAAAAUAAAAAAAUAAAUUACAGUGAUUCUGCGAGUGUGCGUUGCCAGGCAGCAGGAUAUCCUGUACCUCACCUCAGGUAUUGUUUAUGUAUAAAUUAAAACUUAAAAUCCAAAUUGCACUCGAAACCAUGCUAUUACCUAUACUAAUAAACCACUUCAGCCACUUGCGGCUAUGACUACCAGGGACGCCGGAACUGGGGGGGGGCAGGGGGGGGGCGGCUGCCCCCUUGCCUUUUGCUAGGGGGGGCAGAAGUGCCCUUUUAGUUGUAAAAUAAUACGUGAUAAAUCACAUUUCCAACGAUGCUUUUUGUAGGAAAAUCACGAGAUUCAGGUAAUUUAUAGUUUAUAUUUAUAAAAUUUUGGGAAAUUUUUGGAAUUUAGAAAAAUAUUUUGAAGAAAUGGCGAAAAUUUAAGAUAUCCUGAAAAAUUUUUGGCUUCACGGAAAAUUUUUGUAUGUCCGGAAAAAAUUUUUUGACCCCUAAAAUGGUACACUGACCGAAAUUUUUUGGGCGACGGGGGGGGGGCGCCAAAAAAUUUUACAGUGAAAAAAAAUUUUUCAGUAAAGAUGCCCUUGGUGUGCGUCCGCCCCCCUUUGCCCUAUUAUCGUUCCGGCGUCCCUGAUGACUACAUUCAAAAUUUCUAAUUUUCGAUACGUUUCUCAAUCGGCAAACAAACAUAAAAAGUAUAUUUAGUGCUUUAUCUUAAGUAUAAUGCUAAAAUGAAGAGAUUUUAGAUGGUACGCCAAAAAAAAGAUGAUGUCUGAAGUUCAAUAUGUUUUGCUUUAUAUAAUGAUGUGAAAAUAUGCAUGGCGUCAAUUUUAAAGCAUCAUUGACAAUUGUAUUUAAAUUCACAAUAUUUAACUAUUAUUUUGUUUUUCAACCGGCAAAUGCAUUUAAAAAGGUAGCUAACUGUAUAAACUAGAGAACAAAGCGAUUUCAGUUUGAUCACUUUUCAUCGCAAAUACACAACAUAGAAAAAAUUGCCUCUUAAAGAAUACCAGUGUCUGCGAGCAUUGUGCAUUUUAAAGUUCUUAUUCAAAUUUUGUUUUGUUUUUAUUCCAGUUGGAAGCUGAAUGACACAACAGUAACAAAAAUAAAAAGGCUUUCAUCAGAGGGAGUUUUGACAUUAAAAUUGCAAUCGUUGAAGAAGUCCGUAACUGUGGUUUGCAUUGCAAAAAAUAAAUUUGAAAAAAUCAAUUCGCCACCUGCAACUAUAACGGUUAAUAAAAAGUCAGGUCAGUGCAUUAAAGUUAACGUUACCUUACCACUCUAUAGUCUAUAUAUACCAUUCAUUCAUUUUGUUGAAGGGUUUCGCAAUUAUAAAACUAUGUCUAUGUACUUACGCAAAUUCCCCCAGUUGAAUUUAUUCAGUGUGCAGGAAUGUGAAAUGUGAAAUUCAAAAACGAAAUCGUGACAAUUUCGGUAAGAUUUAGUGAAAUUCAAAAACGAAAUCGUGACAAUUUCCGAGGGGCAUUUCACUCCAAAAAUCCCGUACACUUCGUCAAAAAAUCCGGAAAAAAUCCGAACAAAUCCGAAAAUCCAACAGAUUUUUCUCUUCAAAAAUUCGCUAAAAAUCCGGGAAAAAUCCGCGGAUUUUUAAAAAAUCCGAAAAUCCCGUACGCUUCGUCAAAAAAUCCGGAAACAUCCGAACAAAUCCGGAAAAUCCAACAGAUUUUCUCUUCAAAAAUCCGCUAAAAAAUCCGGGAAAAAUCCGCUAAAAAAAUCCGCGGAUUUUUAAAAAUCCGCAAAUCCCGUACGCUUUUUUGGAGUGAAAUGCCCCUCGACAAUUUCGGUAAGAUUUAAGAUUUGAUCAUUAAUUUCCAAAAUUUAAUUGCUUUGGAAUACAUUUAUUAAACUUAAUUGCUUUGGAAUACAUAGUAUGAGAAUAAACUAUUUGGUAUAUGCUAUAUUUACAAGUAAAAAUAUUAUGUAAUUAGAAAUUAUUAAAGAGUAAAGUCUUAAAAAGAUUAGAGAUUAUUAAAAAACUUUAAAAAAUGUCAUCAAGUUUAGAUUAGUGGCAGAUAAAGAUUAGAUUAGGGUUAGAUUAGGGUUAGUGUUAGGUUAGUGGGUUAAGGGGUCAACAUGUGUCGCGAAUUUAUUGUAUUGAUAUAUAAUUUCGGACGUGUUUAACAAUUUACUCAUAUAGUAAAUUCAAAUGCUGAGAUUCCGACAACAUAACAAAUUUCCAAUUUUCCGACGGGUCUCCCCGACCACGGCGCCACUGAGUUCUACACCUGGGCAUUAGCAGGUUGGGAUAAGUCCAUAACAUGGGGUGAGGUUCAAGAAGCAGACACGCAGUUCUUUGGUCUUUGAUACAUUUCAUGUUGUUGACCAGUGACCAUUCUGAGCAACUCGAGACAGUAACUGGUAAAUGGGAGGAGGAAUCCUUUGAGAUUAUUUCCCAGAGUGGUAUCGUACACAAAUGUAACGGUUUCAUCAGGGGCCUCGGUGGCGCAGUCGUGAGAGUUAGCGCCUUUCACCUGUGAGAACGUGCAUGGGUUCGUUUCUCGCUAUGGACUCAUGUGAAAAGAGUCAGUCAACGCUCUGCCGAAAGUCGUGGGUUUUCUCCGGGCGCUCCGGUUUCCUCUCACAGGGAAAGUUGAUAGGGUGGGUUAGAUAAACAUAGACAUAGUUGAGGAAAGUAAUAUCACAAUUGUUGUAAAGAUAAUUAGUCUCACUAACUGACUAAGUAGGUAAUACGUAAACGUAACACUUGAUGUAAUCGGUGACUGAAAAGCCCCGGAAGUUGGGGAGUGAGCUGAAAUAUACAUAUACAUAAAUAUAUAUAAACAGAUUAGCACUAUUUUCCAUCCAGCAAACUGACCUGACGUCAUUUUUGGAAGAUGGAAGAGGUGUUAACCUAACCCAAACCCUACCCCUACUCUAACCCUAACCUCAACCCUAACUCUAACCCUAAACGAAUUAAUAAAAAAAAUCCAAAAAGAAACGACUUUACAAAAACGAUAGGGCGGUUUGCUGGAUGGAAAAAAGUGCUAACCAUAUAAACAUCUGAAAAGGUCGAGUCAGUAGAUCCGUUUAGCAUUACCAGCUUCGUCAGUACAAUAUCAAAUUUAUCUGGUCACGUGUGGUCGGAGCUCAAGCACCCAAAUAAAACCUCAGAUUCUGUAAUUAGAUGAUAUUCUCAUCAAUAUAACUUCUGGUUGGAAUCAACUAGAAGUUGUCAACGUGUAUAAAAUUUACACUCAAAAUUUCCAAAAUCCAGUUCAACCAUAUUCAAAAAAACCUUCCUAUGAAAUCUGUUUGGGCUAUAUUUUCUUGUUUGUAUCAAAUAAACAUUUUUUUUCCCAAAAACUGCUCAUAAAAUUACUUAUUCUGUUAUCUAUUUAGCUACAGAAAUCGUAGACCAGAAAAAAUCAGAAAAAAUGAACGACAAUAUAAAAUUAAUCCUGGGUGCUGGUGGCGGUGUCUUGGUCCUCACAGGUUUCAUUAUUUUAUUCAUUGUUUUUCGACGCAAGAGAAAUAAGAAAAUAGAAAAAGCAAAGCAACGUGAAACAUCCGUCGCAAGAGAAGACGAAAACCUCAUUCCUAAUCCAAUAUUCAGUAACAAUGGUAAAGAGGCAGUGGACACAAAACCAGGGGUUGAAACAUUACAUUAUCCACGGGAUAGUAUUGAGCACACCGAGACGUUAGAAAAUGGUAUGUAAAUGUCAUUGUGUUCGCGAAAAUCAGUUGCAUCAUAGAUCACUCUUGAAGGCCGUUUUCCACUUCAACCGUACCGUACCGAAACGUAUAAAAAUUUAAAAAUUUAGCGAAUGUUGAUUCAGCUAAUCUUAAUUUGACUGACCCUAAUCUAACCUAACCAUAAUCCGAAAAUUCUGAAUUCACUGGAUAUCCAAUCUGCGAAUUAAUUUCUUAUUACGUCAAAAUGCUGAGCCGUGAAUGUAUUGUGGGGGAUUAAUAACUCUUUUAAAUCGGAGCACCUUUCAGUGACAAGUAAAUAUGACAAGUAAACUCGUCUGGCGUUAGAGUAAAAUAAAGUGGGCAUCGUUCAAAUAUUAUGCGAUCGAUAUGGACAGGAAAGAACUAAAUAAUGGCUGACAUAAUUUUUUUUCUUUAGGAUCUCACAUAGAAAUGUUUCUGGGUCGUGCAGCAGAUUUACCAUUUUCACCAGGAGAGUUUGAUGUUGUUGUUCGAGCUCUCAAGAAUACUGAUCCCCCUGAGGAAGUGAAAGAUGAUUUUGACCUUGAAGCUUCAAAAUUGGCAAACCUAGUUCACCCAAAUGUCGUUCGUUUAAUGGCAGUGUGCAUCAAAACACCUCCACUGUGCUUACUAUUUGAGUACUCGAAUUAUGGGUACUUGGACGAAUACUUACAAGACUGCGAUCAAAGCGACCUUAACCACACAGGAAAAACAAAAGCUCCUGUUGUAAGAGACUCGUUCACAGAACUUGCAAAUGUCGAUCGAUUAUCAAUUGCAAAGCAAAUUGUAUCUGGAAUGAAGUAUCUUACGGACAAAGGUUACGUGCAUCAAGAAUUGCGGGCUCGUAAUUGUCUGGUGUUUAAAGAUUUGCAGGUUAAAGUUGCAAACCUUGGCCUCCAUUGGGCUAAACCUGACCAGAACUUCUUCGUGAUGGAGCCAGAAGAAAAACAACGUUUCCCCGUGCGUUGGUUACCACCAGAGGUUGUAUUAUAUGGGGAAUACACACACUCUGCUGACGUAUGGUCAUAUGGUGUUCUUCUCUGGGAAAUAUUCUCAAAUGGUCGUAUACCGUAUACAGCGAUAAAUGACAGUGACGUAGUAAGCUAUGUGCGUGGUGGUAAUGUAUUACCAAGACCAAAAGUUUGCCCACAUGAAGUUUACGAAGUGAUGAAAACUUGCUGGGAAAUCGCACCUUUGGAAAGACCAGAUUUCAAAUCAUUACAAGACACGAUGACCGCGCUUCAUGCUGGUGUGCCUGUUUAGUAUCGACUGCAGUCCUGCAAAUGUAUGUUAUGACUAUAUGUACAUGACGUAAUGGCAUCACAAUUUGCAAAAAAACCCAAUCUAAUUGAAGUUAAUAACUUUGCAAUGCAAGAGGGAAGUAUUAGUGGGUAUACUAAGCCUUGCUGUGCAGCAGUUGAUGGUCAACCACGAAACCGACAUUUAUCAGAGAUAAAGUAAAGAUAUGUUACCACUCUCAUUAUAAGAACGGUAGAUUUCGUGUAUUUGGAGGCAAACAUUGUUUCCGAAGUUGACCACCCAUCUGCUGUCUCAGGGCUGCAAAUUACUGUCGGACAUCGGACAAUGUCCGACUAAAUUUGGCAAAUGUCCGAGCAAAAGUAAUUUUGAUCGGACAUUGGUCCGAUCACAAAAAAAAUUGUCACAUACAUUUUUUUGCUGUGACAAAAUCCGAUUGCAAAUUCACUGAAUUUGCAUUUUGCAAUAAAAUUUACGAGGCAUUCUAGCAUUUUACUUAACGCUGCACCAGAAUGGCUAUACAUACUUGUCUCGUGACUUAUAUUAUAUCUUGUGACAUAUACAUAUAUAUGUCCGAUCAAAUGUAGCGAUGUUGGUUUUUGUCCGACCAAAUUCAAGUUAUGUCCAACCAAAAUUAAAAGUGAUCGGACAAAUGUCCUGUCAAGUCAAAUAUUUAUUUGCAGCCCUGUGUCCAGUAUCGUUUACUAAAAGUAAAACUCACCUAUAAUUCCACAGUAUUAUCUGUAAAAAUUAUUUACAUAGAUAUAACAUGGGAAGUAUAAAUCAAUAUAACUAUCUAUAUUAGAUAAAUUGCACUGUGUAGAGAGGUUGUCUACAACUGAGAAUAUUUACAAGGGUGUAUGAAAUACUAAACUAAUAAUAGGUUGUGCUGAAUUACCAGGACAGAAUUUUGGAUUGCUACACGGGAAGAUUUCUGGCCAUAUAGGCUGGCAAGUGGAAUUCAGUUGACAACAUAAAUUGUAUAAAAAUGUUUAAAUUGCUUAAUUAAAGAACUGCGGACAAAUGGAAGUUCUAAAUAACAUUAUUUAUUUGCGGUUGUUAUAUACAAUAGAAGCAAAAUAACGUUGUGUAAAGUUGUAAAAUCAUUUGCCUGAAUUUACUCCGUCUCAAUAUUUCAGUCUUGUCCUUUUCUUCCUUGCUAUUCAAUUCAAUUCAAAGUUCUUUAUAUCAGUACAGAAAAUGUCACACGAUGAACUUCUCGACUGUCUUCGACAAAAAAAAGAUUUAACGUUUGUGGUUUGUGC